CGAUUCAGGCGUGAAAUAUGGGAGAACUGAGCUAAAGAUGGGGUCAGUGGUGUCCCGCAGCUUGUUUGGAAGAGCGAAACAGCAAGAGGAGGAGAGACUCCUGCGAGCUAACGACAGACCGUACAGCCUGUCUUUUCACUAUGCUAACAACGCCAUCAAGACCUCCAAAUACAACAUCGUCACCUUCCUGCCUCUCAACCUGUUUGAGCAGUUCACCAGACUAGCCAAUGCUUACUUCCUCUUCCUUCUUAUCCUUCAGCUAAUCCCACAAAUCUCCUCUGUCCCCUGGUUCACCACAGCUGUGCCGUUGAUUGGAGUGCUGGGUAUAACAGCUGUCAAAGAUGCCAAUGAUGACAUAAACAGACACAAAUGUGACAAGCAAGUGAACAACCGCAAGGUGAAUGUCCUAGUUAAUGGACACCUGAAAAAAGAAAAAUGGAUGGAUGUUCAGGUUGGGGACAUUGUCAAAUUGGAGAGUAACCACUUUGUCACAGCAGACCUCCUGUUGUUGUCCAGCAGUGAGCCUCUCAAUCUGGUCUAUGUGGAAACUGCUGAGUUAGAUGGUGAAACCAAUCUGAAAGUGAAGCAGGCCCUGACUGUAACUGGAGAGAUGGGAGACAAUAUUGAAGCUCUUUCUUCCUUCAGAGGUGAAGUUCGAUGCGAGCCUCCCAACAAUCGCUUGGACAAGUUCAAAGGAAACCUGACGGUUAACGGACAAACUUACGGUCUGGACAACGACAAAGUCCUGCUCAGAGGAUGUACUCUGAGAAACACCGAGUGGUGCUUCGGUCUGGUCAUCUUUGGAGGUCCGGACACCAAGCUGAUGCAGAACAGUGGAAGAUCAACCUUCAAACGGACCAGUGUUGAUCACCUGAUGAACGUCCUGGUGUUGUGUAUUUUUGGGAUUCUGGCAACUCUUUGCUCCAUUAUGGCGAUCGGUCAUUCCCUCUGGGAGGAUAAGGAGGGCUCCGUGUUCACCGUGUUCCUUCCUCGUGUGCCUGGCGUUGAUGUUCCUCUGUCAUCCUUUUACAACUUCUGGUCCUAUGUCAUUGUCCUCAACACCUUGGUGCCCAUUUCUCUCUACGUCAGUGUGGAGAUGAUCCGUCUCGGGAACAGCUUCUUCAUCGACUGGGACAGGAAGAUGUAUUACCCAAAGAACGACACUCCUGCUCAGGCGAGGACCACCACACUCAACGAGGAGUUGGGCCAAAUUAAAUACAUCUUCAGUGACAAGACCGGCACCCUGACGCAGAACAUCAUGACUUUCAACAAGUGCUCCAUUAAUGGCAAGAACUAUGGGGAGCUGUUUGACUUUUCUGGACAAAGACUGGAAAUAACUGAGAAAACACAAAAAGUGGACUUCUCCUGGAAUCAGCUGGCAGAUCCAAAUUUCAUCUUUCAUGAUUAUAGCCUUUUAGAGACUGUGAAAGAGGGAAACCCAGAGGCACGGGCCUUCUUCCGCCUGCUGGCUCUGUGUCACACCGUCAUGCCAGAAGAGAAGAAGGAAGGGGAGCUGAACUACCAGGCUCAGUCUCCUGAUGAAGGAGCUCUGGUGACGGCAGCCAGAAACUUUGGAUUCGUGUUCCGCUCUCGAACACCAGAAACCAUCACAACCAUGGAGAUGGGCAGGAGAGUCACAUACGAGCUUCUGGCUGUUCUGGACUUUAACAAUGUGCGCAAAAGGAUGUCAGUAAUUGUCCGUAGUCCUGAAGGUAAGAUGAGCCUGUACUGUAAAGGAGCAGACACCAUCAUCUAUGAAAGAUUACACCCCUCCUGUAACAAACUGAUGGAAGUCACCACAGGACACCUCAAUGAGUAUGCAGGCGAUGGCCUCCGCACUCUUGUUCUGGCCUACAAGGACUUGGAGGAGAGCUACAUGGAGGGGUGGAGACAGCGCCACCAUGAGGCCAGCACAGCCAUGGAGGGACGAGAGGAGAGACUCGAUGAGCUUUAUGAAGAGAUCGAGAAAGACAUGAUUCUGCUGGGUGCGACAGCUGUGGAGGACAAGUUGCAGGACGGAGUGCCUCAGACCAUCGAACAGCUGGCUAAAGCUGACAUCAAAAUCUGGGUGUUGACUGGUGAUAAACAAGAGACGGCAGAAAAUAUUGGCUACUCCUGCAACAUGCUCAGAGAAGAGAUGAAGGAUGUUUUCAUUGUGGCUGCAAACACAGCAGAAGGAGUCAAAGAGGAGCUACAAAAUGCGAGAAGGAAAAUGUGUCCAGAAGCAGCAGAGGAGCCGUCAGUGAUGGAAGCUCGAGCAGGAUUGUUCUGGCUCCAGAAGACAAAGACGGUGCAGGACGAGGACGUGGACGGAGACUACGGUCUGGUUAUCAACGGACACAGUUUGGCCUUUGCUCUGGAGAAGGACUUGGAGCUGGAGCUGCUGAGAACUGCAUGCAUGUGUCAGACUGUGAUUUGCUGCAGGGUCACUCCUCUGCAGAAAGCCCAGGUGGUCCAGCUGGUCAAGAAAUACAAGCAGGCUGUCACUCUUGCCAUCGGGGAUGGAGCCAAUGACGUCAGCAUGAUCAAGGCUGCUCACAUUGGAGUUGGAAUCAGUGGUCAGGAGGGGAUGCAGGCAGUUCUCUCCAGUGACUUCUCCUUUGCUCAGUUCCGUUACCUCCAGCGUCUCCUGCUGGUGCACGGUCGCUGGUCCUACCUUCGCAUGUGCAAGUUUCUACGGUACUUUUUCUACAAGAACUUCACCUACACCCUUGUUCACUUCUGGUAUGCCUUCUUCUGUGGCUUUUCUGCACAAACUGUGUAUGAUGAUUGGUUCAUCACCUUAUACAACACGGUAUACACAGCGACUCCUGUCCUCGCCCUGGGCCUCUUUGACCAGGACGUCAGUGACAGCUGGAGCUUCCGGUAUCCACAGCUCUACUCUCCUGGCCAGCUGAACAUGUAUUUUAAUAAAAAGGCCUUUGUAACCUGUAUAAUCAUCAGCUGCUACAACUCCCUCGUCCUUUUCUUCAUCCCCUGGGCCUCCAUGCACGACACUGUCAGGCAUGACGGCAAGGACAUAACAGACUACCAGUCCUUUGCUCUACUGGCGCAGACCUGUCUGCUUGUGGUGGUGAGCAUACAGAUAUGUCUGGACACCUAUUACUGGACAGCAAUGAACCAACUGUUUGUGUGGGGCAGCAUGGCUGCGUAUUUUGCUGUAACAUUCACCAUGUACAGCAACGGCAUGUUUUUAUUCCUCCCCUCCGUGUUCCCCCUCAUCGGCACAGCAAGAAAUUCUGUGAGCCAGCCGAACAUGUGGCUAACCAUCUUCCUGACCUCCAUCCUUUGUGUUCUACCUGUUUUGGCUCAUCGCUUCAUUUACAUGCAGAUCCGUCCGUCUGUCACAGACAAGGUGAAAUAUAAAGCAGUAAUGGAGGAGCUGCCUGCACCUGCUCCACACCGCCCACGUCCCAGGCGCAUCAGCACCCGCCGCUCAGGCUACGCCUUCUCCCACUCUCAGGGCUAUGGUGAGCUGGUUACAUCCAGAAGGUUCCUGCGUCUGAAGAGUCGACCGGCUCUGUUUAUCAAAACAGACUCUCCCCUGGUCGAAAACCAGCCGCAGCACUAUCGCACCAUAACGGAAGAAUCGGAGGAGAUACAGAGUUAA